CAGAAAUAGUGUGAAAAUCUAAAGUCGCCGUGAGUGUAAUUUCUUACAUACAAACAGUUUGUGGUGUAAGAAAGAAGACAUUUGUUGUAUUUUUCUACCAAUUGUAUUAUACAUAUGUAACGAAUUGAGAAUACACAUUAAAAUUAUUGUACUAAAUAGUAUAACAGUUGAAAAAUGACAUGUAUUAGAGAACUUAUUUAUUCGUUAGUGUUCUUACUAUCGUGUCUCAUAUUCGUGUCAGCUGAUGUAAGCACGGCAAAUCGUAUGACCAUUGAUAACGAUGAAGAUUCUUCAAGCGAUCUUUACGUUAUUGAAGGUAAAGUGUUUCCUUGGGAAAAUGCAGCGUCAAGCGGAUGGCAACUUAUGACGCACGUAAUGGUUAAUGGUGGAGAGCAUUAUGGUUUUCUUAGGGAAGAUGGCACAUUUGUCAUUUCAAAUGUGCCUUCUGGCUCUUAUGUUGUUGAAGUUGUGAAUCCUAAUUAUGCUUAUGAACCAGUGAGGGUAGAAAUCAAUUCCAAGGGAAAAUUCAGAGCCAGAAAAGUAAACUUGGUUCAGACGUCACAAGUGAUUCAAGUACCAUAUCCUCUUAAGAUGAGACCCUUUACUCCAUUCCGAUAUUUCCAACUUAGAGAACAAUGGAGGGUAACAGAUUUUCUUUUUAAUCCAAUGGUUCUUAUGAUGAUUCUCCCCUUGAUAUUGAUUAUGAUUUUACCAAAAAUUAUGAAUGACCCAGAAACCAGAAAGGAUAUGGAACAGUUAAAUAAUCUGACAAUUUACAACAUGCCAGAAAUGUCAGAAGUAAUCACAUCAUUCUUUGCUGGGGGUGAAAAGCCAAAGACAAAAGCAGUAAAAGCAGCGAAAAAAAGACAAUAAUUGUCAAAGCAUUAGACUAUUGUUUUGUUGCUUACUGAAAAAAUCCUAUUUCUAUUACAUUUUUUUUUUAUUGACGUAACGGUCAAAAACUGAAUGAAUAACGUUCCGUAUCUCAAUGUGGUAUCAUUACGAGCCUUAUGUUUUUAGUUUGAUAUUUCUAAUACAGUUUACAUGAAUGUAGAAUGCACUUUGUCUAGUCUGCAUUUAUAAGUAUAAUUUAUUAAUACUUUUAGAUCAUACAAUUGCAAUAUAUUGUAAUUAAUGAUUAGGUCAUACCACCUAGACUCAUUUUCUUAUUAAGAAUAAAUGAUGCUCUGAUACAAA